UAGAACUUCAGUCAUGAAGGUAACAAGCAUUUUCCUUUUGAGUGCCUUGGCCAUUUUAUGUUUAGCUGGUAAUACAGAUGCUGAAUCCCUGGGAAGAGAGGCUAAAUGCGGUAGUGAAAUUGGAGGAUGUACCAAGAUCUAUAACCCAGUCUGCGGGACCGAUGAAACUACUUAUCCUAAUGAAUGCCAGUUAUGUCUUGAAAAUAAGAAGCGCCAGAUUCCUGUCCUCAUUAAAAAGUCUGGGCCUUGCUGAGGAUCAAGGGUUUGAAAUCCUGUCAUGUAACCAGGAUUUCUUGCUGGCUUGAUUAUUGAAUAAAAUU